CCAUAAGUACUAAGUGCUACCAUGGCCAGCCAUAACAACCGUUUUGUGCUUCUAUUCUUCAUCCUCUUCCUCUUCUCCUUCCCAACAUCUUUAGCGGUACCUGUAAACACUGCGACUGAUCUACCUAAGGAAAAUGGCAAGAAGUUGUACAGGGUAACUGGUGGGGUUAGGAAGAUAAGCGUCGGAGGUCAUGGCUCAAAUCCUGGCGGUCACGGUCACACCCCAAGCGGCAAGAACUAGUAGCGGGUUAACAUUUUGGACCGGCGAGAUAGGCAGGAGAUUUCAGGUCCUCUCUCUGUUAGGACUUUGAUUUGUAAUAAGGGUCAGCGGAAGAG